AUGUCGUGCAAUACAAUAGUUAUCUUCCCUUACUUCGUCGUCUCUCUUAUCCUCUACGGCUUCGCAUCAUGUGCAACAUUACCCAAAGAAGAAGUGGACGCUUUAAGAGGAGUAGCCAAGGCGUUGAAGAAGGAGAAUUGGAAAUUUAAUGUUGAUCCAUGCGACGUCGUUGCUUCAUCUGAAGGUGGAUGGAGAAAUCCUAAUCCCUCCGAAGGAUUCGAAGACGCGGUUACUUGUAACUGCUCUUCUUCUAUUUGUCAUGUCACGAGCAUAGUUCUUCAGGGACAGAACCUUCAAGGUUCACUACCAACAGAGUUUUCAGGACUUCCUUUCCUGCAAGAGAUUGAUUUGUCUAGAAACUAUCUCAACGGUUCCAUUCCUCCAGAAUGGGGAGCUUUGCCACUUGUCAACAUCUCGCUACUUGGAAACCGGAUUAGUGGUCCUAUCCCGAAAGAAUUUGGAAACUUUACAAACCUUAGUAGUCUUGUCUUGGAAUACAAUCAACUCUCAGGAACAUUACCUCCAGAGCUCGGGAAUCUAAGGAACCUUCAAAAACUCCUUCUUAGCUCUAACUACUUGAGUGGAGAAAUCCCAAGUACAUUCGCCAAACUUACUUCAUUGACUGAUUUCCGUAUAAGUGACAACCAGUUCACUGGUACUAUACCAGAUUUCAUCCAGCACUGGACAAAACUUGGGAAACUGGUUAUACAAGCAAGUGGUUUAGUUGGACCUAUUCCUAAUGCCAUUGGUCCUCUGAGAAAGUUAUCAAACUUGAAAAUAAGUGACUUGCCCGGACCUGAAUCUCCUUUUCCCCUGCUACAAAACAUGACAUCGAUGAAGACAUUGGUUCUUAGGAACUGCAACCUUACAGGAGACUUACCUGCCUAUUUUGGAACGUUUACAUCCUUUAAGAAUUUAGAUCUUAGCUUUAACAAGCUGAGUGGACCAAUCCCUGAUGGAUAUGCCACUCUUUCAAAUGUAGACAACAUAUAUCUUACAAGUAACAUGUUAAACGGGGAAGUUCCAAGUUGGAUGGUAGAGAAAGGAGACACUAUUGAUCUUUCUUACAAUAACUUCUCCAAAGAUGUCACAACCCGAGAAUGCCAACGAAAAUCCGUGAAUAUGUUUUCAAGUACAAGCCCUUUAGUAGCAAAUAACACCUCAACUGUUACAUGUCUGAGUAACUAUAGAUGUCCUAAAACUUUCUAUGGCCUCCAUAUAAAUUGUGGUGGUAAUGAUAUAGCAAUCAAUGCGACUAAGUAUGACGCUGACACAUGGGAUACACCGGGGUUUUAUGAUAGUAGAAACGGCUGGGUUGCUAGCAAUACAGGACACUUCUUGGGUGAUGAUGGGUCUAACGAUGGAAAAACCUUUCGGGCGAUGAAUACAUCAGUGCUUGAGUUACCUGAUUCUAUGCUUUAUACACAAGCCCGCCUCUCAGCCAUUUCCCUCACUUACUACGCGUUGUGUCUUGGAAAUGGAAACUAUACAAUUAAUCUUCAUUUCGCUGAAAUUAUGUUUAAUGACAAUAAUAUGGGACGACGAUUUUUUGACAUAUACAUUCAGGGUAAACUUGAGAUUAAAGAUUUUAAUAUUGUAGAUGAGGCCAAAGGUGUUGGAAAGGCUGUGAUUAAGAAUUUUUUUAUUAUGAUUACAAAUGGGAAAUUGGAGAUUAGAUUACAAUGGGCUGGAAAAGGAGCUCAGCCUAUAAAAGGUGUCUAUGGUUCUCUUAUAUCGGCUGUGUCUGUAGAUCCAAAUUUCAUUCCACCAAAGGAACCUAGCACCGAAACGGGUGGUGGGAGAUCUGUUGGUAUAGUGGUUAUUGGUGUAAUUACUUCGACGGUGUUUCUUGUGCUUUUAAUAGGCAGUGUUUUAUGGUGGAGAGGUUGCUUAAGACCCAAGAGUCAGAUGGAAAAAGAUUUCAAGAAAUUAGACUUCCAGGUCAGUUCGUUCUCACUGAAGCAAAUCAAAGUUGCCACGGAUAACUUUGAUCCUACAAACAAGAUAGGAGAAGGUGGUUUUGGUCCCGUACACAAGGGAACGUUGACUGAUGGAACCGUGAUUGCGGUGAAGCAGCUAUCGUCAAAAUCAAAACAGGGGAAUCGAGAGUUUUUGAACGAGAUUGGUAUGAUUUCGGCUCUGCAGCAUCCGCAUUUGGUUAAAUUAUAUGGAUGUUGCGUUGAGGGUGAUCAACUCUUGCUAGUUUACGAGUACUUGGAAAACAACAGUCUCGCGCAAGCCCUUUUUGGUCCUCAAGAGACUCAGAUACGACUAAACUGGCCAACGAGGCAGAUGAUUUGCAUGGGGAUAGCAAGAGGACUAGCUUAUCUCCACGAUGAAUCAAGACUCAAGAUAGUACAUAGAGAUAUCAAAGCCACUAAUGUCUUGCUGGACAAGGAACUAAACCCAAAGAUUUCAGAUUUCGGACUUGCUAAACUCGACGAAGAAGAAAACACACACAUGAGCACAAGAAUCGCCGGAACAUAUGGAUACAUGGCUCCAGAAUACGCAAUGAGAGGCCAUUUGACAGAUAAAGCUGACGUCUACAGUUUUGGUGUUGUGGCUCUUGAAAUCGUUCAUGGAAAGAGCAACACAAGCUCAAGAUCCAAAACCGAUAUAUUCUACCUUCUUGACUGGGUACACAUCCUAAGAGAGCAAAACAAACUGCUGGAAGUAGUGGAUCUGAGGCUAGGAACAGAAUACAACAGACAAGAAGCAAUGAAGAUGAUUCAGAUAGGAAUCCUCUGCACCAGUCCAGCUCCUGCGGAGAGACCAUCGAUGUCGACGGUGGUGAGUAUGCUCGAAGGACAUUCGACAGUGGAUGUUGAGAAGCUCCUAGAAGCUUCGUUUAGCAAAGGAAGCAAAAUAGACGAAGAGAGAGUGAGAGCAAUGAAAACUCAUUACGGUAUGAUAAGUGAAGAGGAGGAGAUUACUAGUAUGACGGAUUGGACUACAUCAAACACCAAUACCAACACGACCACCGGUGAUCUUUACCCCGUUCAGCUUGAUUCAUCGUAUUGGAACACCAGAUCUUAA